AUGGGGCUUGGCGUGCCCCUCGUAACACAAGAUGGCCGGUCGCUGGCGCGCGGGCCGUUGCGCCGGCGUACCCUGAUUGGGUCUGACCAAGCCAAUCCGGCUGGUGACGGUGGCGCCAACGAUGGCCCCGCUCGUAAUCCUCAGAAUGUUGCCGCACAGAAGCGCCUGCAACAGACACAUGCCCAAGUAGAAGAGGUGGUGGGAAUCAUGCGCAUGAAUGUUGAGAAGGUCCUGGAAAGAGAUCAGAAGCUUUCAGAACUUGAUGACCGUGCAGGUGCGAUUGAAAUGUUAGCUCAGUUCAUGCCGUAUUGCGAAUUUCACAAGUUCUGUUAUUAUUCAGAUGCUCUGCAGCAAGGUGCUUCUCAGUUCGAGCAGUCCGCCGGGAAAUUGAAGAACAAAUUUUGGCUUCAGAAUAUGAAGAUGAUGAUCGCAAUGGGAGCCGUGGGUCUGAUUUUUCUGGUCAUCAUAUUUUAAUACCUGAGUGAAUAUGAUCAAAGGCGACCAGCGUUGCAGGAACUAUUCGAAACCAAAGCAAGGAAAGAACCGAAUCACCCGACUGCAACUGACAUAUUCUACCUGUCUCCUAGGAUAGAAUUGACGAAUAAAACCGACCGAGGUUCUACGUGCAGGGCUCUGGGGAUUGGAAGUACAAAACUCAUGGUUUCAUAUUUCGCGUUCGUUGAGUUGACAUGGAACGCGGGAGAGUUUUCGGCUUGUAGUCCUGCUAGGCUCGUAACGCUGCAACCCGUCAUCAGUUUCUGA